UGUCCAGAGACGAGCAGUUGACACUCUACCAGUCGCAAGCAGCGUAGACUAUUCCCCUUAAUACACGCUAGAUGAGUUUGCUGCCCCAAGAGUAUGGUAUAUUCGGAGCAGAGAGAGAUACAAGACAACACGGCCGAGCCUGCAAUACAAACAUCAGACAUACAGAACACGAGAAAGAGUGAGUACAGGGGUGAGGGUGCGGAGUCGUGUGUUCUCAGUCAAUCCUCUAUAUCGGAGUCUUCGCUACAAAUACAGUGGCAACACACGAAAGGCUCGAGUUGCCACCACCACCAGUUGCUAUUCAGCAAUCGUCCUGGCCACUUGCCGAAGACCAAGUCAAUCUCCCGCCGUAGCCGCUCCUCGUCCUCUUCCUCGUCCGCAUACACGUACUGCCUCGGAAUCGAACUCUGCAUGAGCGGCGUCCCCUCAUGCACCGUCGGCGGUCUCCCCGGCCCUCCACUUCCCCCGCUUACAUCGCCAUUCCCGUCGUCCACCCGCUGCCGCCUCCCACUUCCCCCCGCCAGCAAACUCACUCGCUGCCCCAGCGUCCCCCAUCCCGGCCGGUCGCGCAGGCUCUUCUCCCCAUCCCUCCACCUCAACGGCGCCGAGAUGCUCGACGAGUCCGAGAUGGAUGACGAGCUCGAGGGAGAGCGCGCUCUGAAGGCCGCGGGAGGUGUAUCGGGCAGCACAAAGUGCCCGCGCACCCCGGACGUGAUGCGUACGCGUGAUCGAAAGCGCACACUGCGCUUUUUGGGUGGGGGGUCGGAGGGGGAGAACGGGGAGGAGUCGCUAGCCGAGGAGGGCGAGGAGGUGACGCCGUUGGGUAUGGGGGAGGUCGGUGCGUGUGCGGGGGAGGGGAUGCUCGACAUGGAGGACGUAUGCUCGAUCAUGCAGGGCCGGCCGGCGGGGUCGGCGGGGUCGUUCAGGGAGAUGAUGUAGCGCUCGCCGUGGCUCACGAUGACCUGCUCGUCGGGGCGCAGGCCCCCAUGGGGCGAAACGUCGACGGACCGGACGGCAGGCCAAGGGGAAUGCUGAGGGGACCCGUCCUCGGACAUGGAAUCCCUCCGCGCAUCGUCGCGCCUGCAAUCCACUAUCCCCUGCGCAGUGUACCGAGGCCCAUUCGCUUCGCCCAUCGCCCGCGGACGACCUCGAGAUGAGAGCGAGAAGUAAGACUGCGCGCGGCCGAGAAUCCCGCCG